AACCGAGCCAGGUCGCCAUCGGUGUCUGUUUCCGCGGCCGCGCGCCGAGAUCCCGAGACGGUGCGCGCGCGCAACAUGCACGCCGCGCGCCGCUGGGAUCGCGUCGACGCCGCGGGCCAUUUUUUUUCCGCGAAGCGAGCCGCGCAAACCGCUCACUUUAAACCCCCGUCGCAGCCACCCGCUCCGCCGCAACCUACACCAUGUCCGCCAAGGGUGCCAAGAUCUUCAAGACCAAGUGCAGCCAGUGCCACACCGUCGAGGCCGGCGGCGCCCACAAGCAGGGCCCCAACCUGAACGGCCUCUUCGGCCGACAGUCGGGCCAGGCCGGCGGCUACUCCUACUCCCAGGCCAACAAGGACUCGGGCGUCAUCUGGUCCAAGGAGACGCUCUUCGACUACCUCCUCGCGCCGAAGAAGUACAUCAAGGGCACGAAGAUGGUCUUCGCGGGCAUCAAAAAGCCCAAGGAGCGCAACGAGCUCAUCGCCUACAUGGAGGAGGCCUGCGCAUAAUUUUC